GGUUUAUAGCUUAACAUCUAACAGAUGUGGGAGAAGUCAGCGUUCGACGUUUCUAGUUUUCUGCUCCCAGAUUGAGAGGUUAGUUUGAUCACAAUGAGGAGGGCUCAGAGUCUGGCCUCUUCUGGCCUGGGAAGAGCUUUGCUUGAGGGCUCCUCUUCCUCCUCUGCCAUUCCCACGCAGUUUCAGUGUAAGCUUCUGAAGGUGGCGUUGUACAACAGUUGUAGCGGCUCCUCUGGUCGUCCGCGGCUAUUCUCUGCCUACGUUGGGCGACCCGCUCGAGCCGUUUCUAUUGGUGUCGCCGGAGCCGUUUCCUUCUCCAUCGCUGCUUCUUCAGUUGUUCCUAAUGUAUACGCCAAGGAGACUCUCUCUUCAGAGUUUCUGCCUAAGGAUGUCGUCCUUUACCAGUACGAAGCUUGCCCUUUCUGCAACAAGGUUAAAGCAUUCCUAGAUUAUUAUGAUAUACCAUACAAAGUUGUGGAGGUGAACCCUCUCAGUAAAAAGGAGAUCAAGUGGUCUGAUUAUAAGAAGGUUCCUAUAUUGACCGUGGAUGGAGAACAGAUGGUUGAUUCAUCAGAUAUAAUCGACAAGUUAAGUCGCAAGAUUCAUCCUGAAAAAUCAGAUGAUCCUAGUCCAGAUGACAAUGAAGAGAAAAAGUGGCGUAGGUGGGUUGAUAAUGACUUGGUGCAUGUCCUAUCUCCAAACAUAUAUCGAAGUGCUUCAGAGGCUCUUGAGUCAUUCGACUAUAUCACAAGCAAUGGUAAUUUCAGCUUCACAGAGAAACUAACAGUGAAAUAUGCGGGAGCUGCAGCUAUGUAUUUUGUGUCUAAGAAUCUGAAAAAGAAACAUAACAUUACUGAUGAACGUGCAGCACUGUACAAAGCUGCAGAAACUUGGGUGGAUGCUCUAAAUGGCCGGGAUUUUCUAGGGGGCUCCAAACCUAAUUUAGCUGAUCUUGCAGUCUUUGCUGUUUUAAGACCCAUCAGAUACCUGAGAUCAGGUGGAGACAUGGUGGAGAACACGCAAAUUGGUGAUUGGUACACAAGAAUGGAAAGAGCUAUUGGUGAGUCUUCUAGGAUCAAGGCCUAGGGUGAGCCCUUUUUAUUUUUAUUUUUUCGGUCGAGUCCAUGGUGGUGCCCUCUACUUCAACCUUGAGGUAACAGGUUUGCUUUCUGCAUCAAGUAGGCCAAGGACAAAGGGGGAACAAUUUUAGAAGCAUAUAUGGUUAUUUUUUGUUGAUUGUUUAUACAUGAAAUUUUGUUCUCACAAAACGUUUUCCACUAUUUUGUGUCAACUUGAGGUUUGGAUGUUAUUAAAAGAUGAUUGUGAUA